AUGAAGAUCAUCAAUGAGAAGCAAGUCGAUUUGACAAAGGUCGACUCUGCAAUGUUCUAUUCGAUAUCAUCACUUCACAAAGGUCUAAAGAAUGUAGACCUUGGACAUAUUCUAAUUAGUAGAGCCACAGAGUAUCUUCAGAUAAAUCCACAGAUAAAGAAUUUUUGUACACUUUCACCAAUACCCAAUUUCAGAAACUAUCUAAAGAGAAGAUCGAAUCAGGAUGAAUCAAUUAAGGGAUUAUUAAAUAUAAAUGAUUUAGAGAAUAUUGAAGAGAAUAAAGAUAAAUUGACAUCGUUGUGUCUACGUUAUCUAUUUGUAGAAAAGAAAAAGAAUAACAAGGCAAUGGACCCAGUUUGUAAUUUUCACUUAAAGAAUGGAGCAUCUAUUUAUCGAUUGAAUUGGUCCGGUGAUACAUCGAGUCAACGUAUCAAUGAAAGUUAUGGUCUGAUGGUAAACUAUCUUUAUUUAACAUCUGCAAAAUCAUCAAAUUCAAUCAAUUACAAACAGAAUGGAGUGAUUACACAUCAAAAACCAAUAGAUCAACUUGCUACACAUUUAAAUAUAACCAUUAAAUAA